UCUUCUUCUCUUCUCUUCCAGAUGGUCACAAGAACAAAGAAAAUAUUUGUAGGCGGAUUAUCAGCUAACACAGUAGUUGAAGAUGUGAAGCAGUAUUUUGAACAGUUUGGCAAGGUAGAAGAUGCUAUGCUUAUGUUUGAUAAAACUACGAACAGACAUAGAGGAUUCGGCUUUGUAACUUUCGAGAACGAGGAUGUGGUGGAAAAGGUCUGCGAGAUUCAUUUUCACGAAAUCAAUAAUAAAAUGGUAGAAUGUAAGAAGGCCCAGCCAAAGGAAGUGAUGUUUCCUCCAGGGACGCGGGGGAGAGCCAGAGGUCUGCCCUACACCAUGGACGCCUUUAUGCUGGGAAUGGGCAUGCUGAGUUAUCCAAACAUUGUAGCAACGUAUGGCAGAGGAUACACUGGUUUCGCCCCAAGCUACAGCUACCAAUUCCCAGGCUUCCCGGCAACAGCGUAUGGUCCAGUAGCGGCGGCGGCAGCAGUGGCAGCAGCACGCGGCUCAGGUAGGGGGGCCCAUGGAAGAGGCGGCUACACAGCAUUCCCUCAGAGCACAGGGCCAGGCUUCCCCGAUUACGGUUUCUAUUCCUCGCCAAGUGACCAACGGGGGCCCCCCUUCUCCUUUGCGGACUAUGGCUCCCUGGGCCCCCAGGCGGCUCAGCUGCUGCAAAGCGAGCAUGCCACAUCAGCCUGCAACUCCCCUCUCCAGCACCUGGCCAGCCCGGAUCAGUAUAAGAGCCCAGGCACCAACCCGCCCCGACCUGGAGCCUUUCAUGGAGCCAGCAGUCCCGGGCCAGUGGCUGAUCUGUACGGCCCCACCAGCCAGGACUCCGGCGUGGGCAACUACAUAAGCGCUGCUAGUCCCCAGCCCGGCUCCGGCUUCGGACACAGCAUUGCUGGUCCUUUGAUUGCCACAGCUUUUACAAAUGGAUACCAUUGAAACCUAACAGGUGGUUGGUUGCCAUCUCACUUGAGCAGAGUUUAACAGGAGGCCCGGGGAAGACUGGCCGGAGUUUCUAAUUGGUUCUGUGUACAGGUAAAGGCCAUUAAACUUCAAGCACUACAGCGCUGAAUGGGAAUCUAAAGCUGAGAUGGCGCCACACGAAGAACAAACCGAAAUGUCAGAAUCAUCUCAGAAAGAAGAAGAAAAAAAUCAACAACUAAACAAUCUGCUGUACUAUACUCAAAACCUGGCUUUUGAAUAUUUUAUCCUAGUGUAGCCCUGACCUUAAAUGAGGAUUAUAUAUUUUUUCCUUUAUUGUUUUUCCUUUUAGAAGCGUUUUUAUUUCUCUCCAUCUUUUUAUUGUGUACACGUUGAAUCAACCAACGUUUAUUUGAGUUUCUAGAUGUUCUUUGUUGUUCUUGAAUGUUCUCUGAUGAGAGCGACUAUGUAAACAUAAAAUGUUUUAGUUUUUUUGUUUUUUUGAGGUAGUGAUAUUCCAAUAGCAGUGUCAUUUCACAGCCCUCGUCUAUCACAUUUCCCGGAAGAAACCGGAUUGAAAGGUGACAUUUUUUAAUUCAAGCCUAAACUGCAAUGAGUUGGGUAACUCAAAAAAAAAAAAUCUUAGUAGCUCUGUUCUAUGUUUAUUGUGAUGUCUUGUUAACCAUGAUUACCUAUUUUGGGCAAUAAGAGGACUACAAUAUUUUCACAGUCCUUUUUUAUAAAUGUCAUUUUUGUUGUCGAUGAAAACAAAAAAAGAGAGAAAAAGUUUUCCUUUUAAUACUUUGUGAAAUGAGAUUUAAAAAGAAAAGAAUUCUGAAACUGUAUAUAUUAUUCUAUUCACUGCAUCAAACUGUUUCUGAGAGAGAACCAUAUUUUUGUGAUGGUGUCAUAGAGGUUGUAUUGUGCGCAAGCUGAAAUAUGUCAGUGCAAGAUUAUCUUCGAGACUCAGUGCAGUAACUGAGGUCCAUCUGUAGCACAAAGGCCAUGAUUUACCCCAGUACGGACGAAACUCAAUCAAACACUGUUAGCUCGCUUUGUAAAUACCGUCGGCUUUACAACUGUGCAGGUGUAAUACCAGCAUAUGGAUUAGAUAGUGCGUUCAAAUGUGCACAGCUUACAAAAAGAAUAUACUUUAAAUCAGCAUUGUAACAAAAGAAAACAAAUCACCACAAAAUCCAAAGCACACAUGAUUGUGAUUUCAAACAGUGUCCAGACAUUUCAUGGUAGCAUUUCAUUUCGCAUUCUAGUAUGAGCUUCUUUUUCCUGACGAGUGUCCAUGUGUUUUGAGAUUUUUACGCGGAACGAUUCGAAUAAAAAAGGCAAUAUUUCCAAACGUUUUGAAAUUGCUCUACGAUUAGGAAAAACACAUCUUUUCUACCAUUACCUCAUUCCUGUGAGAAUUACUUUAAAGGAGAUUACAAAUUAAUUUAUUUUAGCCUGAGACAGAUAUUGAAAAAGAUAUUAAAGUGUUGUUUUGAAAUGAAAUAAAUCAUUGCACUGUGAGAGAGAAUUUAUCAUUUUCUAUUUGCACAUGUGAACUGAGAGUCUCUAACAUGGGUCAUGUGAAGGAGCGAUGUGGGAUAACACUUACGAAUCUGGAGUCUUGGCUUGCUUUGAUUCAAAGACUGUACUUUUAAAUAAUCUCUUUCCAGGGAUUUUAUUCUAGAAUAUGAGAGAUGACGGAUGAGUUUAUUGGUAGCAAUAGUUCAUUUCCUCAGAAACACUGAAACUGAUUGAAACCAGUAGCUGCUACACACAUUUGUUGUACAUGUGGGGACUGGAUUUGAUGAGACACAAAUGGCAUUUAGAAAUAUGAAUUGACUGAUGUAUGCUGUUAUUUGGUCUUGUUGAAAAUGUUUUGUUUUUCUUUAUUUAAUGGUUUUGUUGUUUUUUUGGUUCAUUUGACUAAACUAACAGGUGAGGCGGAAUGCUGGAUUCCUUCUCAAGAAGGAGACAUGAUAAAAGUAAUACGAUUAAAAAAUAUAUAUAAUAAUAAGACAAGAAGAACUUUGUGCUAACUGUUUGAGCUGUUUAAAAAAAAAAGACAAAUGUGCAAAAAAAAAAAAAAAAAAAAAAGAAAGAAAGAAAAAUUAUCCCUAACAUGUUUUGAAUUUAAAUAGGGAUGGAUUUUUAUCAAUAUUUUUGUGGAUGUUAAUGAUUAUACUAAAUAUAACAAUGACAAUAAUACAGGUAUUAUGUACUGUAUUUAUCAAUUGUUUCUUUUCAUUCCCUGUCACUUCAUUCAGAAAUUUUAUUUUGAUCAUUGUAUUUCAGUAGUGUUAAAAAAAACGAAAAAAAAAAAAAAAAAAAACAAGAUUAUGACUUUAGCUUGUAAAAGAGUGCUGUCUUGAUACCAGUGUAGUGGUCUAUACACUUCUUGGUUGGUAUUUUUCACAGUUCCCCCCCUCUCACUCUCCUUUUGUCGUUUUGCCCUUCUCUAUAUCUCACUCUCUCUUUAGUGAGUAGUUGUAGGUGUUAUGUACUUAAUGUUAAGAUGUAGAGGUAUUCAUUAGCAAUUUUAGGACCUGUAAGGAUAGAACUUUCUCUUUAUAAUCAUUUAAAGACAAAAAGAAAAAAAAUACUGAGCAUUAUUUUCAUAGUAAUUUUCCUUUCUUUUUUUUUUCUCUCUCCUUUUUUUAUUCCACUGUUUUGCUGGUCUCAUAUGGUUUCAACUAACCAAAGCUCUCGCUGAUGAAAUCUAGGAGAAAGAAAUUGCUGUAUGACAGAAUUGUAAUCAAGGCAUUAAUUGGAUCCCCACCCUUGAAUGUUUUAAAAGGGGUGUGCCAUACUACCUUAAAUGCUAACGCUAGAUAUGCAAAACCGUUUUACUUUAAUUCUUUUUUAAGAAGGACACGAGCUAUGAUUAUUUUAUUACGUGAAUGAAAAUUCAUAAAUAUUUUUUUAGUAGGUUCUAACAAAGCAAUGAUGAUGAUAUAGCCUAAUCAUUAUAGAUCUGGAUAAAACUGUUAUAGGUUUUUGAUAUCUAUACUCAUUAAAAAAAUCCCAGUGGCCUACAGCGCUGUUUUUCUUUUUAUGCCUAGAUUAGUUUAGUUUUGAGUCACCCGUAACUCACAAUAUGAUUGUUUUUGUACAUUUUAAUUGCAUUGCCAGCUUUUCAUUUUAAUUCAGCAUCUAUUCAGAAUUGUCUGUUCUGAUGUCUCGCUAAUUAGCUUGACUUUAGUGUAAAUCCAGUGUCACUCUGAAUCUGUAUUCCUGAAUCACAUCUGUUCUCAGGGAUAUCAAACAUGAGCCAAUGUACCAUCUUCACUGGGGAGAUUAUGUUACUAGAGCUACGAUCAGCACAGCACAACUUUUAAUGAAAGGUGGUUUCUAACUGAAGUAUAUUCAAUACAUUUGAGCUAAAGCGAUAGGUGCUGUCGGGACGAACCGUGCACAGCAUUUUCUUACUGAAGACAUCUUUUUAAACCGCAAACACUAUGUGGUUUGUUGUUCUUAGAUCCAUUUAGGUCUUGGUACAAAUUUAGAUGGUCUGCACUUAAACAUCUGAAGGCAAAUGUUUUAACAGCAGAUGAAGCACAUUUCCCUUCUGCUGUCAAAUAAGUGCGUGAUUCGGUGACUCUUGAUUAAAAUGAAGUCUGGCAACCCUUUUAGACUUUAAAAGUCUUUUCCAUUCGCAUCGGUUAGCUUACCCAGUUUUUUUUUUUAUUCCCGUAAUUUGAUCUCGUAGCUUGGACUUUAAGGUAGCAUGGCUCUGUUAUCACCAUUUUGUUUUCCAUGGACAGCAGUUUACAGCGGAUGAAUGUUACACAUCUUGCUAGACUAGUUAAAUCAUUGGAAAAUUGUUGGUUGAAAAAAAAAAAAAAAUUGACCUGGAAGGUGUUGGGUGAUUUUGGGAGUGAACUACCGUAUCCAUUUAAACUUGAAUUUUGCGGCAAGUGCUAGGCAAUGGCCAAAACGAUCAUCCCACUAAUAAAGCAGCAAAACGUUCUACACUGUAAUGUCUAAUGUACAGUAUACUUAUAUAUGUAUAGUGUAUAUAUAUAUAUCUCUCUCUCUCUUUGUUAAAUUGUUGAAACUGCCUCAUGACUCAUCAUCGUAGGUGAACUAAUGCUAGUCCACAUUGUUCGUUUCUCUGGCUGUUAAAUCAUGUGUUGUGUAAGAGCUGCAGCAGAUGUACCAGGAGGCUCUGUAGUAGUUUAGCUGCAGAAUGUGUCGUGUAAACCUGACAAGGACGUGUAGCUUAAUGGGGUCAAUAUGGUCAAAUUUUUGACACUUGGACUCCCAUUUUCUCCUGAGGCUUCGGCCUCGCUGAUUGCCUUGCCCAUU